CACAAAUCCCUCCUCUCUUCACUUUCUUCCCAGCAAACUGAGGAAAAGUAAAAAUGGCAGUCUCUUCCGCCACUUUCUCGACUUUUAUCUCAUCACAAACGGCGUCAUUCGUAGGCAAAUCCUCUUCUUUUUCUGUCCGUCUUCUUCAUCCAACUAACGUGCGCAUGGUACGAACCGUGACUCAAGCCACGGCUUCAAAGACCGAAACCGGUUCCCGGAAGCCACGUGGCAUCAUGAAGCCCCGCCGUGUGUCGCGUGAGAUGCAGGCUCUCGUCGGCGUCCCCGAAAUUCCUCGAACUGAAGUUCUUAAGAGGAUUUGGGCUUAUAUCAAAGAGCACAAUCUCCAGGACCCUAAUAACAAGAGGGUUAUAAUUUGUGAUGAAAAGCUGAAGAAGAUAUUUGCAGACAAAGAUCAAGUUGAAUUUCUUGAAAUUGCCAGGUUGAUUAAUCCUCACUUUCUUUGAUCGAUCAUGAAUCCUAGAGAGAGAGAGGGACAGUAAGUCGGUUUGCAAAAUAGGAAAUAAGCUGUUUAUGGAGCCUAUCUUUUCGUUGAACAUACAGAAGAAAACCGUGCCUUUGUGCCUUUUUAGAUUUGCAAAUAGAAGUACCUUGUGAAGGGCUCUGUUUCUGGAUUUCCUAAUAUGUAGAGACUGUUUUAUGCAAAUAGUAUUAGCUCCUCUCUUAGUU